GUACCGCUUCGCGUUAACCUAUACAUGUGUAUGUUAUGUGAAAUCGCGUAUGAGCGACUUCUCGCGUGGAGAACUGAAGUGAAGCUGAAAGGAGUGGCAGGGAUAGUGACUGGACUGAUACCAUCCAUUGCUCUGUCAGCUGCCUCCUGGUACAUCAAGAAGAGACUGGAGAAGGAAGUGUCUGGAACACACUACCAAACCAUAUCACAGAUG